CUACGUUCUACGUUAGGUCACUGGCUAGCUAUCGUUACUAAAACGAUAGCAAGUAGCUAGCAUUUUUAGGAGGGGUAGACCAUAGACAGUAAAAAAAAAUUAAUAAAUAGACGCGCUCUGAGCCAUUGUCUGGCAGUCUUGAAAUACAAAGUGGAUGCCUCUAUGAUCCAGCUACAGCGAAAUAUACCUCUUCCAGUUUGCACAAGAUUUCAGCCAUGGCCACGGCAGGCACAGCAGAGCCAAAUCGGCCAGGCCCCCAGCGGAAGAUGUCCACCACCGGGGAAAGCCUAUACAAAGUGCUAGGCUUGGAGAAGGGAGCUUCUGCUGAGGACAUAAAGAGAGCCUACCGGAAGCUAGCGUUAAAGUACCACCCAGACAAGAACCCAGACAACCCGGAGGCCGCAGAUAAAUUUAAAGAGAUCAACAAUGCCAACUCCAUCCUGAACGACGAUGGUAAGAGGAGGAUCUAUGAUGAGUACGGCUCCAUGGGUCUCUAUGUGUCGGAGCAGUUCGGAGAGGAGAGCGUCAAAUACUACUUCCUCAUGUCCAAGUGGUGGUUCAAGACCAUGGCCCUGUGUUGCACUGUCUUCUCCUGCUGCUGCUGCUGCUGCUGCUGCUGUUUCUGCUGCGGGAAAUGCAAGCCGCCGGAGGACGACGACAACUACCAGUACGUGGACCCAGAGGACCUGGAAGCCCAGAUCAAAGCUGAGACAGACGGAGGUCCACGUGCCCCUAUUGUGAUCCAGCCACAUUCCAUUGACAUAGAGGUUCCAGAGACCUCCCAGCCUGCAGCCAGCCAGCCCACAUCCAAGCCCCAGCAGUGACCCUCCCCUCCCCGCCUUGUCUACCCGCUGGAGCCCAUCCCUAUGGCAGGCACGGCCAGGCCCCUAUGGGCCCCAGCCCGGAGCCCCCAGCUGCCAGACAGACCAGCCAUCACCAGUGCCAGUCAGCCAGCCAGCCAGUCAGUCAACCAGUCAACCCCUCUGUACUAUAGCACAGGUCUAACCUAAUGGACAGAAGCGAGACAAGGAUCAUGUGUCUAACCACCAAGCUGAGGAGUGGAACUCUCCUGUCCCUGUGACCCCUCCGUUUUAACUCGUCCUUUUCUGUUCUGGUCUUUGGUAGAAACCGUUAGAGCUGUGGAAUUGGAGUCGCUUUUUAAGUUCAGCCUGAGGCUUGUAAUAAAUGGACUGAGCCAAACUUUCCACCCCCCUGAUGCUAAAGCAUGGAUCAGAGGAUGUGAAAUCUCCCAGACAAAGUGCAUGUGUUACAUUUGAACUGCAUGCCUUUACUGUACAGCACUGGCACAUGUAUAACCACACCCCCCAUACCCCCACCAUCCCACCCCUUGCAGCAGUACCACCAGCUCUAGAUACCCCGUAAAGGAAGCCCCUCAACUUGGAGAAGACCCAAGAAGACAUUCAGCAAGACAGAACUUGAGUCGCUUGCCUCGUUUCAUUGCUAAUUUGAUGUCAUACUUCUGUUAGUUAGCCCGAAGCCAAAUUAGAUGCCACUAACUCUGUGUGUUCCACAUUAACCUCCUGAAGAGGUCCUCCUCAUGCCACUAGAGCCAACCUGAGACGUUCCAUUGAGGUGUAUGUAUACAUUCUACUAUGCACUUUUGAAACCAUGGGUCUACUAUGCACUUUUGAAUCAUUUCAAGUGGGUAAAUGAUCAUUUCCAAUGGGCCGUCGGCUGACUCCAGCUAACUGAACCCCUCGAUCCACUGCUCUUCCUACUGGGUGGAGCUGACCGCCAGCAUCGGCUGCAUUGAGUGCACGCUUCGCCACGUUCUAUCUGACCCCCGGGGUUCUCUGCGCCGCCUACGGACAGAUCCAUCACUGAUGAUUUUAGAGACUUUUCAGAUGUACAUUUGAUUUACUUUUAAGAAGUAAUACACUGGGGCGGGUUUCCAUAGGAUUGGGAGGACCCGGCCAUGUUUAUUGUUUAGUGGGCUAAAGACGCAUAUGACUACUAUUUAGAACCAGGCUUUAGUCCUCAUGCUCAGUCCUUACUGCAUUGUCUCUGUGAGGAGGUGAUAGUAUCCCAAGGCAGGGUUGGGAUCUGUAUGUAAUUUGUGACCCUGGGUGGGGGCAGUCAGGCUUUUGUCAGUGUUCUGAAAUCAGAAUAGGAAUAACCAGUGAAUGGGUUGGGGGUGUGUGUGGCAAUUUGUAUACCUUUGUAGUUCGGUCACAUAGUGCUAUGGUUAGUCAGUCAUCCCCUGCCUGUUUGUUCUUUGUCAUUUGAAAUAAGGGCAUUCUGUGUUUCCUUAAGAGGGGCUAGAACAUGGUACAAACCACCUUGUUAGGCUGAUGAACAACCCUGGACUUAGGCAAAACAGAAAUGAUGUCAUAAACUGAUGUCAAGCAGACAUUUUACCUUUUGUUGCUUUGAAUGUUUUUGCUCUCCUGAGAGUUUACAUAGAACUACAUAGAAUUAUCUAUCAGUAGCUUUAAUUUCUUACUGGAAUUUAUAGCACUUUUAUUCACCUCUUCAUUUCAUUAAUUUAAUAGCCAAAACCCUCCUGACAUUUCAGUCUUUUUGUGUGUUUUACAAACCAUAAUAAAUCUUCUGCAUUUCAACAUAAUAGUAUCUGGCCCCAGGGCUCAGAGGAUAAAGACAUGGUUGUUGGCCAUCCUUAUGUGCUGUAAAUAAUAAUCACGAAAACAAUUUGUCAAAUGAAAAUAACAUUCUAAUAACAUUGUUCCGCUCAAUGUUUUAAGAAUCAACCAAAUUUAAAAACCAAAUUUUAAGUCCAUCCGAAAGAGCUGUUUUAGUUAAACUCAUUGUCUGACGAAGAGCGGACUGUAGACUAGCCAAAGGGGUCCUCAACAGGGCUGGCCAACUGGUUAACAGGCGAGUUAGCAAGGCUCUGGCCUAAGGUAGAAGACAGUUUAUUUCUGUCUGCGCUGAGUCUAGGAUGAAGGACUAUCCCCAUCUCAUCCCUCCCCUAUAUGAUAUAGGGAACAGGGGACUAUGUAGACUGCCACUGAAAUGGUAGGUGAUUUGUUGUUUCGUCAGCUUUCAUUGUGUCAUUCAUUGUUCACCAUGAUGUCUCAUGGACAAAAAUGAUCUGUAAAUGUGUAUUUAUAUAAUGAAAUGGAAACAAUUAAAAGAAGGGGGAUUUGUACAAUG